AUGGCGGCUGCAAGGGUUGCUGCUGGCUCGGACAGCAGCAGCAGCAAGCGCUGCAGCAGCAGCAGCAACAACAGCAGAGACAGCGACAGCAGCAGCAGCAGCAAGGAAUGGAGAAGAGUCAGAGAAAAGCCCUGGAGCAGCAGCAGCAACAGCAGCAGCAGCUUGGGCAGUGCCCACAGCAGCAGCAGCAGCAACAUACACAGCAGCAACAGCAGCAGCACCAACUGCAGCAGAAGCAGCAAGAAGCCACACCUGUGCUGUCGCUUCGCUGUGCAGGGCCGCUUGCUCCAUCGCACGGCAGCUGACACAGCAGGAGAGACUGCUGCUGCUGCUGCUGCUGCUGUGCAGGGAAGGCAGCGAGCAGUUGCCACAGCAGCUGAUGCAGCAGAAGCAGCAAAAGCAAAAGCAUCAGCAGCAGCAACAGCAGCAACAGCAGCGAAGGCAGCAGCAGCAGCGCCAAGGCGUAUUGCGCCUGCGUGGCUGCACCCGAUAAAGCCUCAUCGCUUCCUCUACAGGAGCAGCAGCAGCAGCAGCAGCAGCAGCAGCAAAACCGCUUGCAGCAGCAGCAGCAGCAGUAGAAAUGCCACAAAAUACCCAGCAGCAGCAACACGGAUUACGCUAAUGGGGUCAAGGACUGCAACAGCCUGUAGGGAGUGCACUCCUGUAGCAGCAGCAACAGCAGCAACAGCAGCAAAAGCAGCAGCAGGAGAAGCAACAGAAGCAGCAGAAACAGCGGAAGCAGCAGAAGUAGCACAAACAGCAGAAGCAGCAGGAGCAGCAGAGGGGGCAGAGGAGGGGAGUGAAGAUGACGAUGACAUUGAUGUAGAGGACUAUCCCUUCGUGGCUCCGCCUAACAACCUCAUUAUAGAGGAGGAAGUGCAGAAUCAGAUACUGCAGCAGCAGCAGCAGCAGCAGCAGGAAAGAGUUGCUGCUUACGAGGAACGGCUGCGCCGGCGCCGCGGCGCCAACAGCAGCAGCAACAGCAGCAGCAACAGCAGCAGCAGCAGCAGCAGCAGCAAACGGGUUUAUUUAGCAGCAGAUCUGCUGAAAGAAGAAGAGCCGGAUCUCCUAGUUAAGGGCCGAGAGGGAGAUAACAACUUUGAAGUGUAUCUUGAUGCUGCGCUGCAGCAGCGUGUCCAGCCGGAGCCCCGGGAAGUCUACACAGAUUUGCUGGAAUAUGAGAAGCUUCACAGGGGUCUUGGGCCCUGGCCCGCCGCAUCUGCGGGGCAGGAAGAAGGCCCCCCGUACCGCAAGACUGUCACAACAAUUGCGGAAGCCAUGAUAGAAGAAGAGAAAUGGGCGCAGCGCGAAGAGCAGCCGCGCGAGGGCGAGGGUUUUGUGUCUGCUGGAGAGCCGCUGCCCUUGCUGGAGUUGAACCAGGAACCCACCCCCCCGUCUCCUAAAAACAGCUUUUUCUUUCUUGACACUUCUUACGCGUUUGCAAAUUCCCCUUCUCCUUGUGGGGCCGACAUGGGCCAAAUCGAUGACCCCCUUGACGCGUUCUGGCGGCGCCGCGCUGAAGAAGUAAUUCGCCAAGUGGUCUCGUGGGGCUGGCCCCCCAAAGUGCGUCGAAGCUUUUCUGGUUUUGUUUUGCUGGACUGUUCUUGGGAGCAGCACCGUUUGCUGCUGCCGGUGCAGCAGCAGGACAGCAGCAGCAGCAGCAGCAUUGUGACGGCGCAAGACUUGCGGCGCAUCCUGCAGAUGAUAAGGCUCCGGCUGCAAGACCUGGCCGAUCUGGAGUCUCUUCCCCUGGUUGACGCUCUUGACAUUCAAGUUGCUGCUGUUCCUGCUGCUCCCCUGCAGCAGCAGCAGCAGCAGCAACGGCUUGAGUUGCUGGGUCGACGCGAGCUAACCUUGGCAGCAGGCUCGCGGGUGUAUCUCCACUUGGAAAGUGCAGAAGCAGCAGCAGCAGUGCAGCAGCUGCCUGCAGGAGCAGCAGCAGCAGCUCUGGGGGCCUGCGCGCGCAUGCACACCGCAGCAGCAGCAGCAGAGGGAGUCUCGCCUGGCAGGAGCCUUCUGCACGUGCUGCUGCAGCAGCAGCAACAGCAACAGCAGCUCCCCUUGCCCCCCAUUGAAGAGGAAGAUGCCCGAGACUACAUUCGCCCAAUGGGGUCUUGCGAAAUUGCCGCAGCAGCAGCAGCAGCAGCAACAGUUGAUGCUGCUGCUGCUGUGCCCUCCUACGCUCUUGCUGCUGCAGCAAAUCGAUUGCCCCCCGAGGCAUGCGCUCCUUCUCUUGCCUUCCUCAAACAAGCUGCUGCUGAAAGCAGGGACCCUCAGCAGCAGCAGCAGCAGCAGCAGCAGCAGCAGGAGCAGCAGCAGCAGCAGCAGCAGCAGCAGGAGCAGCAGCAGCAAGAAGCGGUACUGCUGGGGUCUCCUAAUGCUUGCUGCCUCUUCUUUGCUCGCGACGGAAAUGUUUACAUGGCUUCUCUUGACAGCAUUGACAGGGUUACUGCAGCAGCAGCAGCAGCAGCAGCAGCUUGGGCAGCAGCACCUGGAGCAGCAGAAGCAUCUACUGAUAUGGCAGCAGCACCAACCCCACGACGAGCGGGGCAACAGCAGCAGAUGCAGCAGCAGACGAAGCAGCAGCAGCAGAUGCAGCAGCAGCAGCAGCAGACACAGCAGCAGCGGAUGCAGCAAAUGCCCCUAUAG